AUGAAUGACAUUGCAGAUAGAAUAGCUGCCGCACGCAAAGAGGCAGAGACCCUGAAAGAGAAAAUUAAGAUGAAGAAGGAUGCUUUGGCUGAUACAGCUUUGAGGUCCAUGGCAGCCGAGAUUGACUCUCUUCCACGUAUCGUGAUGAAAGUUCGCCGCACACUCAAGGGUCAUUUAGCCAAAAUCUAUGCCAUGCACUGGGCCUCAGAUAGACGUCACUUGGUCUCUGCAUCUCAAGACGGCAAACUAAUCGUUUGGGACGCUCCGACCACGAACAAGGUCCACGCCAUCCCACUUCGUUCGUCAUGGGUCAUGACCUGCGCCUAUGCUCCGUCGGGCGGCUUUGUAGCAUGUGGUGGUCUUGAUAAUAUCUGUUCAAUUUAUAAUCUACGUACUAGGGAAGGGUCUGUAAAAGUUGCACGAGAGCUGGGAUCGCAUACUGGAUAUUUAUCGUGCUGUCGGUUUUUGAACGAUCGACAGAUAUUGACGUCUAGCGGAGAUAUGACAUGUAUUUUAUGGGAUAUUGACGCAGGCAUGAAAGUGUCAGAGUUUCAAGACCAUACCGGAGAUGUCAUGAGUUUGAGUCUUGCACCAACGCAGCAAAUUUUCGUUAGUGGUGCUUGUGACGCCACGGCAAAAAUCUGGGAUAUCAGGAGUGGGCGAUGUGUACAGACUUUUACUGGACAUGAAUCAGAUAUUAAUGCAGUACAGUUCUUCCCUAACGGUGACGCAUUUGGUACUGGUUCCGAUGAUGCAUCAUGCCGGCUGUUCGAUCUCAGAGCUGAUAGAGAACUAAAUCAAUACACACACGACAACAUUCUUUGCGGGAUUACCUCGGUUGCAUUCUCAAUUUCCGGGCGUCUUUUGUUUGCUGGCUAUGACGACUUUAAUUGUAACGUCUGGGAUACAUUGAAAGGCGAGCGUGUGGGAGUAUUGGCAGCACACGAGAAUCGUGUCAGCUGUUUGGGUGUUUCCGUUGACGGCAUGGCUUUGUGUACGGGUAGUUGGGAUUCAUUGUUAAAGGUCUGGGCGUAG